CGAGGUGUGUUUGUUGUCUUGCGUUUUCCCACCUUGCACACAUCAUGAGAAUCAGGUUUUUCUUUCGAUUCCACAAACUCCAUUGAAAACUAAGUCAAAACUUUUGUGAGUCAAAACUCAAGUGACUGUGUGUGUGAGUGUGCACGUUUACACUUGUUUUUCUUCUGACGCCUCGCUUCCCUCUCGAACGUGCUUUGUGUUUCAAAAGAAGAUUCACAAGAGUUUUUUUUCCUUUCUGAACUUGACCUUUUGUGUGUGUGUGUGUGCGCGCCAGUGUCUGUUUCGGUUGUGCCAGUGGUGUGUCGCGGGCAGAGGCGUUGUAAUUAGAAAAAAAAGGGGGCGAGGAUAAACACACACCGAGGACAUGGCCGGAACUAGAAGGUGGUCGUGCCGACCGGUAAUGCUCUGCUGGCUUUGGAUGGUGGCUGCCGUACAUCUCAUUUCCGCUAUGGAACAAUUAAACGCAGAUCACAUCAAGAGUUUCACGUGCGGAAAACUCUAUUACCGGACGUCUUACCUCGAUGCCAAACGCGAUGUCCUCUACGUUGGUGCCAUGGAUCGAGUCAUCCGCAUCAAUCUACACAAUGUCAGCGACACCAACUGCGAGACGGAUUCGUUAACCUUGGACCCGUCGCACGUAACCAACUGCAUCUCAAAGGGCAAGAGCGAGUUUUACGAUUGUCGCAAUCAUGUUCGAGUCAUCCAGCCCAUGGGCGAUGGGUCCCGGCUCUACGUCUGCGGCACCAACGCCCACAAUCCCAAGGACUGGGUCAUCAACGCCAACUUGACGCAUUUGGGUCGCAAUGAAUACGUCCCCGGUGUGGGCAUGGGCAUUGCCAAGUGCCCGUUUGACCCGAGCGAUAAUUCGACGGCCGUCUGGGUGGAGCGCGGCAAUCCGGGCGACCUGCCCGCACUCUAUUCCGGUACGAAUGCCGAGUUCACCAAAGCGGACGCCGUCAUUUUCCGCACGGAUUUGUACAACUACACGACGGGCCGUCGCGAGUUCACCUUCAAACGCACAUUGAAAUACGAUUCGAAAUGGCUGGACAAGCCAAACUUUGUGGGAUCGUACGACAUUGGAGACUACGUUUAUUUCUUCUUCCGUGAAACGGCCGUCGAGUACAUCAACUGCGGCAAGAACGUGUACUCCCGCGUGGCACGCGUCUGCAAGAAAGACAAUGGCGGCAAGAACAUUCUGUCUCAAAACUGGGCCACCUUCCUCAAAGCCCGUCUCAACUGUUCCAUCCCCGGAGAGUUUCCUUUCUACUUCAACGAAAUCCAGAGCGUUUACAAGGUGCCGGGCGACGACACGCGUUUUUACGCCGUCUUCACGACGUGCCAGAACGGACUGACGGGCUCGGCCAUUUGCGUCUUCACCACGGCCGAUGUGCACACGGCCUUUUUGGGCAAGUUCAAAGAACAAGCGUCUUCCAGCUCGGCUUGGUUGCCCGUCUUGUCGUCGAAGGUGCCCGAACCGAGGCCGGGUCAAUGUGUCAACGACACUCAAACUCUGCCGGACACGGUCUUGAAUUUCAUCCGCAAUCACCCGCUGAUGGACGAAGCUGUUUCGCACGAGAAUGGCGUGCCCGUCUUUUUCAAGGGCGACGUGGCCUUCUCUUCGCUCGUUGUCGAACGACUCAAAAUCCAGGGCUUCCCCGAUGACAAACACUACACGGUCUACUACGCCGGAACAAUCGAUGGCAAAGUGUACAAAGUUGUUCAAUGGUUCGACGAAUCCACUCAACAGGGCAAAUCUGAGCUGCUGGAUAUCUUUGAAGUCACGUCACCCGAACCCAUCCGCAUGAUGGAAAUCUCACCCAAACACAAAUCGAUUUACGCCACAUCGGACCAUCGAAUCCGUCAAGUCAACAUGGUCAUGUGCAACGGCCGCUACGACAACUGUCUGCGCUGCGUACGAGAUCCUUACUGCGGUUGGGAUAAAGAGUCCAAUUCGUGCAAACCUUACGCUCCUGGUUUGCUGCAAGACGUUUCGAGCUCUUCGCCCGGUAUUUGCGACGCGUGCAUCGCCAAGAAGCGGCUGCUGGUGACGUGGGGCCAGGCCGUCCAUUUGUCUUGCGCCAUCAAACUGCCAGAGCCCAUGUCUUCGAUGCCCGUCACUUGGUAUUACUACAGCCGAGAGAAAGGCCAAUACCAGCUGUCGUUCAGGCCAGACAAAUACAUCCAGACGGCCGAGCAAGGCAUGGUGAUUAUGGGCGUGACGGAACAAGAAGCCGGCCGAUAUGACUGCCGGUUAGGAGCGGAUACGCUGUGCAGUUAUAACAUCACGGUCGAUACGCAGCGAUGCGCGGCCCCCAGCAAAUCACACGAUUAUCAGAAGGUCUAUUCCGACUGGUGUCACGAAUUUGAGAAAUACAAAAUGGCCAUGAAGACGUGGGAGAGAAGGCAGCUGCAAUGUAACAGUCGGCAAACUAACGAUACUGCCAGUAGCAAUCAGAAUGCUCAUCCCAACGAGAUCUAUCCACGGAGUCCUUUGGUCUGAACGAGUCCAAUAAAAAAAGAAAAACAACAACAAAAAGAGAAAAAGGAUCUGAAUUGGGAAUUGAUGUGAAUCUUAAAAAGCGCGCGUCCGCUCGACGUGCACAAGUUGGCUCAAUGGCUUCCUCUUCAACACUCACAGCUAAAAACAUCUAAUGAUGAUGUAUUGAAACGAAAAAAAAAAAAAAAAAAUAUUUGUGGGAACCACAUCGAGUGUUUCCUCCUUUCUAUCUCUUUACGUCUCUUGUGUGUUAAAAAAAAAAUUAAUGUCAUGUUCUAAUUUUUUUUUCUUUUUCUAUCUCUUUUUUAAAAAUCUGUUUAUCCCUCCUGGACAUUUUUCUCACUCGUUCUCUUUAGAAUUUUUCGCUUUUUUUUUUUUUUUUCGCACUAUUUCACAGAUGGACAAAAACAAUCGAAAGAAAUGCUAAUGUUUCUUGAUUCACUGUUUGCUGAAUCUCUAAUUAGUUUUGAUUUUUUUUCCCCCUGUUUUUCUUUUUGAAUCAUUUCCCCUACUUGUUUCAGAUUCUAGACAAUGAGGAGGAGUGAGUAACAAAGAAACAAUCCUUUAAAGAAAAAAGAAAAAAAAGACUAUCCAACCAAUCAUGUAAAUAUAAAUUGAACGAAGAGACGUGGGUGUGUGUAACCGCGGUAUCACAAAACGAAAUGUUUUAGCGGUUAUUGUGAAACCGUCGGCGUUAGACUCGUGCCGGAGUCGAACCAGUAUUCUUUAUUUUGAAUUUUUUGUGUGCGGAACAAACGGAAUUUGGGCUUUGAGGUUGGUCUUAUAAAAACAAACAAUUUCUUUAAUAUUCUUUCACAAAAAAAAAAAAAGAAAAAAGUGGUAAUUUGUUCUUGAUCGAGCAUCCGACCUUCUACUGUCCUCCAUCGAUUCACACGUGUCUCUUUCAAGUGGCCUCCUCCAUCCUUAUGAAUCUCUCACCCUUUCUGUGUGUGUGUACAUGUAAAAUGAAUUUUUUUUUGUGUGUGUUGCCAAGAUGGUUCCGACAUUCCACUUCUUGCCGUUUAUUUUCUGCCCCCCGUCAGCUUUUUUUUUUUUUUUUCCGAGAGGCCGUUGCUCUCUCGUUCACGUCUUCGAUCGUUUGAGUGAAGAAGCAAAGUCCCUGCUGGUUCUUUCAUAUCAUCCGCUACGCCACUCUUUCUUUUCUGAUUUAGCCUUCGUUUGAUUCGCUUGAAUGUGAUUACAAUUCAAUAAUGUGUACGUUCUUUUCCUACUGAAGGACGUCUCUUUCACAAUUGUCUGGCUGCCCACCCAACCUCACUAUUCUUGCAUUACUGACCACAUCAAAUGACUCUUUCCCCCCCCCCCCGUUUAUUUUAUUUAGCUGUCGAUCAAAUAAUAUUAUCAAAUCUGCCACCGCUCCCCUCCAUUUUUGAUUUGAAAAUUUGUGACGAAAUGAUAUGCUUUUCUGUUUCUUUCUAUCUCUAUUUCUCUGUUUUAAUUUAAAGAAUUUUUUUUUGACUUGCGUGUUUUGUGACGGUGGGAACGACAAGUUCCUUCCGAACAAUUUCACUCCUACGAAACUGAUUUUGGAAAGGAAAAAAACAAACAAAUGUGCUCGUGGAAAAAAUGAUCUAUUUUAUUUUGAUCUUUAUCAUUCAUCUCAUGUUCUUGUGCGCAGCUACUUUCCAAUACAAAACGAUCGAAAGAG